AACCCCAAAGGGUACACAAUUCGGUUUAACCCGCCAAACUCCCCCACCCUACCCAAACCCUCACCCUACCCCCUCCCCCUCACCCCCACCCCCACCCCUCAUCUCCGUCGUGGCUAUAGAAGGCACACCACCGCACUCAGCCGCCGGUGUUAUUGACGAACUAACGGCAACUAAGUUGAAAGUCUGGAGAGGUUCUUUGUAAUGAACAUCUUAUUUAAUGCGUGUUCCACCGCUUUAUUUGCAAGGACGACGACUGGCGGUAUUGCUGCGAGAUGUGUCACUAGUGGAGUUGUUUGUUCAUUGUUGAGAAGAAGAAUUAGUGCAGGAAAUGGAUUGCUUUUGACAAGGUUUCGUGUUAGUUGUUGUUACUCGACUCGAAAAGGCGCUGGUGGUGGUAAGUCUAAGAGAAAGAGUUCGGAUUCUAAGUCGGAGAAAAUGUUGGGAGAAGAGAAGAAUGCUUUCUUUGUGGUCCGAAAAGGUGAUCUUGUUGGUGUGUACAAGAAUUUGAAUGAUUGUCAGGCGCAAGUUGGAUCCUCGGUAUGCGAUCCACCUGUCAGUGUGUAUAAAGGCUAUACCAUGCCCAAGGAAGCUGAAGAAUAUAUGAUUUCUUGUGGGCUUAAGAAUGCACUUUAUUCCAUCAAAGCUGCAGAUCUAACGGAAGAGCUAUUCGGAAAUCUUGUGGCGUGUCCUUACCAGCAACCGCAUUUUGCGUUAGGAGAACCGUCUAGUGAUCAUAUGUCCAAAAGACGAUUUCAGGAAGUUUUGGGAUCCCAAACUGGGGAAGGCUUUGGAUUGGCAUCUAUGUCAAGUGAUCCUGCACGGAAGCAUGUUAAGUUAGAAAAUCUUGCAGCUCAAUCUCUAACAACUAAUCGUACUUGCAUUCUUGAGUUUGAUGGCGCGUCUAAAGGAAAUCCCGGACAAGCUGGAGCAGGAGCGGUUUUACGAACCGAGGAUGGAAAUUUGGUUUGUAGAUUGCGUGAAGGUUUGGGUAUAACAACUAAUAAUGUUGCUGAAUAUCGAGCUAUGAUUCUAGGGUUGAGAUAUGCUCUUAGCAAAGGUUUUACAAGUAUACGAGUUUUGGGCGAUUCCAAACUCGUUUGCAUGCAGGUUCAAGGUCUAUGGAAGGUGAAAAAUCAGAACAUUAGCAAGUUGUAUGAAGAAGCAAAGAAAUUGAAGGAAAAAUUUGUCGGUUUCCAGAUUGAUCAUGUUUUAAGGGACUUGAACUCUGAUGCUGAUACUCAAGCAAACUUAGCUGUGGAUCUUGCAGUCGGUCAAAUUCAAGAAGUCGACUCAUAAGCAGACAAGACAAAACGAAGCAGCCAAGAGUACAUUUCCAUGACACAUUUACCCUUACAAUCAAGAAAUUUACGCGAGGCGGGUCAUUAUUUUAAGAUUCAAAAAGUGUUUUUCUAACUUAGCUUCCAUUUAUACCGCUUUUCAACUUUUGUGAUAUAUUUUGUUGGCAAGGGGUUUGAAUGAGACAGUUUUCCAUGGAUGCUGAAAUGUAUUUGUUAAAUCUGCUGAUAUUUGGGCUGUUGUAAGUUUGUUCCUUAGACUGUAGUUGUAUACCCAGAUUGCAAGUUGGAUUUGUUAAGUUUGCUGUC